CCAUAGAUAUAUAUAAAGACUAGAUGUCUUCCGGCGGAGUCUAGAACGUCAUCACUGGCGGCCAUCUUGCCACAGGCAGGCUUUCUGGAAGGAUCUGUGGUACCUGAGGGAGGGUUCCUCUCUGUCCUGGGCUACAUCAUAAACAUUGACACGUUGCUGGCGAUGGUUCCUGUGCUGAUUGAAGGACAGCGAUAUGUCUUGACCUACAGAUUCAGCAAGGACCACUUGGAACUGCUCUUUAACUCCAUCAGAGCAUCCGGUGGCUGGAAUAACAACCCUAAUGCCAGCCAGUUCAAGUAGUUGUUAAACCAUGCCGAGGCAAUGUGACAACGCAGGAUGAGACAGAGUCCCUACCAGCGGUCAUCGACACCUCUACAAGCCUAUCGGCUGUAGAUAUGUCCUUUGCAGCAGGAGGAGAAGAAGAUCUUCCAUCCCCGUUUGCUGACAUUCCUGCCCUAGUACAUGACCACAGCUACCUUCCCAUCCGCUUCGAUGGUCUUGUGGACAACGCUCUUGUGUACAUUUCCGGACUUGGUGUGCGAAGGGCUCUGAAGAAGCUGUCCUGUGAUGUCUGCCGUGCCAGCCUGGUGACAGAGGCUGCAUCUGCCAUCAAGGACCAGAGCUACCACCUGUUGUCUCUAAGAAACAAUGGAGGCCUGGUGAUUCCAUCAGAGGGCACAGUGAAGGUCGUCAGGGCAGCAGAGUGGGUCAUUCGCCAGGCGUCAUCGAGUUUCGGACGAUCACGGCCCAUCAAACUGCUGGAGGUCAUGUACAUUGUACGGAAGAGGAUCGGGUCAGAGGAUGUGUUUGUGCUUGGGGAGCACAUCGUCGACACGCAGUAUGGCAUAGACAGCCACCACCAAACGCUGCUGACAUUAGUUGUGUCAGUGUUUUUUAAAAUAAGGCUACACCACAUCGCUAAAAUUACUACACUGAACUUACAGAGCAACAACAUGCGACAGCAGCUGAAUAAAACAGUCCUUUUCAAAGGGCAUUAGCCAAAUGUUACCACGGUUUUACCACGUCUCAGUCAGACAGGAAAUAGAAAAAAUAAUGUUCACAAACUUGAUGCGACUCACCUAAGAAUCACCAUUAUCAUAUCAUAUCAGCGUUUUAGGCAUAUAUCACCAGCCUCUUCAGAGGUUAGUAAAUAUUAUAGAUUUUCAAUUGAUUUCAUUGUUUUUUUAGUAAUUUGUUAUGUCGGUCCUCCAUCUGUAUACCUCCGAAGUAGUCUAGUUCUCUCUAGAGGGUGGGAAUUUUCAACAUGCAGCAUUUCUUUAUGUAUAUUUGUAAAUGGAAAUCUUACACCUUUUUUUUACUGCAAAUAAAUGUCACUUUUAUAAAAAGAAUGUUACUAAUAUAAUACAAUAAUUUGAAUUAUUACUUGUUUAAACUAAACAUGUGAUAAUUCAAAUUAUUGUAUUAUAUUAGUAAUAUUGCUAUUAUAAACGUAUACAUAUAUCUCAUGUUGCCAUUGUGUAUGUUGAGUUUAAGUAGCCUAUAUAUUGAUUUAACAUAAAAACCUUGUGCAUGUGUGUA